AGUUUUAAAUGGGGGCUUGUAUGGGGACAAAUACCUGGCUGGCCACCUCUUUUUUGAUAUAUGUAUAUGAAUGAAUAAAUGUGCAUCAAUAAAUUAUCAAGUAUCUGUAUUCAAAGUGAAAGGGUCUUCCAACACUGCACUUAGAAUCCCCCAAAAAAGACUAAAUACUUUGUUUUCAUGGAAACUAGAAGAGUGAUUCUUUCCAUUGCAGUCUCUUCUCUUUUUGUCUUUUCUUUUGCAGAUAGCCUCUCUUUCAACUUCUAUGCAGCUUCAUGCCCUUCAGCUGAGUUCAUCAUAAGGGACAUAGUUACCUCUUCCUCUUCCAAUGAUCCUUCCAUUCCAGGAAAGCUCCUCCGCUUGGUUUUCCAUGAUUGCUUUGUGGAGGGAUGCGAUGCAUCUUUGAUGCUAAUUGGGAACAAUACUGAGCAAACUGAUCCAGGAAAUAGGUCUGUUGGUGGAUAUUCAGUUAUAGAAUCAGCAAAAAGACUCCUUGAGAUGCUUUGCCCUGAAACUGUUUCUUGUGCGGAUAUCAUUGCUCUUGCAGCCAGAGAUGCAGUUGGAAUUGCUGGUGGACCAAUGGUUCAAAUUCCCACAGGAAGAAGAGAUGGAAUGGUUUCGCUUGCUUCGAAUGUCAGGCCUAACAUCGUGGACACAAGUUUUACAAUGGAUGAGAUGGUUAAGCUUUUCACAUCUAAAGGAUUGUCUGUUCUUGAUCUUGUCAUCCUUUCAGGAGCUCACACCAUCGGAGCGGCUCAUUGCAAUGCAUUCAGAGGCCGAUUCCAAGAAGACACGAAGGGACGGCUCACACUCAUCGACAAGACUCUGGACAGUAACUAUGCUGUUGAGCUAAUGAAACAGUGUCCAGCAAGUGCAAUGGCAUCUGCUACAGUGAACAAUGAUCCUGAAACACCUAUGGUCUUUGACAACCAGUACUAUCGGAAUCUCUUGGUGCACAAAGGGCUUUUCCAGUCAGAUUCUGCUUUGCUGAAUGAAAACAGCACAAGAACAAUGGUGAAGGAUUUUGCAAACAAUCAACAACUUUUCUUUGUAAAUUGGAGCCAAGCUUUCUUGAAGCUCACAAGUGUUGGAGUGAAAACAGGGAAUGAGGGUGAAAUUAGACGUACUUGUGCAUCAACUAAUGCAUAAGGAAUGAAAAGUGGUUGUACAGACAAACAUGGUUCUCUAUGCAUAAAGACAAACAGCUUUUCUACAAGAUUGUAUUUGUGUCUUUACUAUGAUUUUGUUUGG